AUGUGGAAGAGGAUAGGGCAUGUAAAAACCAACACUGCCUACCCACAUGCUCUAUCCUCACCUCUAUGAGUCUUUAGUUAUGUAAUACUGUUGGCAAUACCAUGAUUUAACAUAUUCCACCUGAAGAUACCCAAUCUAACGAGGAAGUUUCCUAUUUUCAAAAACAUCUCAAAUCACUACUGUUAUUAUUAUUACUGUACUGAUGUUUUCAUAGUAAUGUAUCAUAUUGUAUAUACCUGACAACGGUUGUGGAAUGUCAAGGUCAGUUAAGAACUAGACGUGGUAUCGAGCGGUUGUAUAUGGAGAAUAUAUUCGAAUAGUGCGAUACUCUUGUUUUUCUUACAAAGCAGCGGUGGGAUACCUUAAAAUCAGUUGAAUUUUCCUACAUCAUGGGGAAAACUAAAUUCAAAUCGCGGAAUAGAAGUGGGAAGCGGAGCCGAAAGGAAUCCUCGAGUGAAAGUGACAGUUCGAGUUCGGCCUCUUCCCAUAGAUCAUCCAAAACCGCAUUUUUGA